GAAGAGAGGCAGUUUUGGGCACAGACGAACUCAAAGUAUUGAAAAUGGACCGGUCGAACUUUGCGAUGUGGAUGGUGAAGAAGGUACUACAGUGAGUGUUCCAAUUUUCAUGGGGCUCAUCCACCACAAUACAAAGGCGAGAGAGUGCUCGAUUUGCACCGAGUCAAUUCAUGAUCUGCAAUACCACUCUUUGGAAGAAUGGCUUGGGCUCUGGGAUGGUUUUCACGGCCGGGGUAUGUGGACGAUCUUAAAAUUCCCGGAGAAGCUUGGGGCUCGAUGCUCUCACGAAAUCGAUGUAUGCUCAUCUUGCCUUAAAAAAUACCUGGCUAGUCAAGUGCAUCAACGUGGGAGAAGUUGCUGCGAAAAGAUAGCUUGCCCAUCGUUUGAAUGCAAUCGUGUUCUCACUUUCGACGAAAUCCGACUUUAUGCCGACCAAGAUACGUUUGCAAGAUACGACACUCACCUUGCACUACAGUUUCUAAGCGGAUGUUCCAACUUCCGAUGGUGUCUUCAGCCAGGAUGCUCAAACGGUGAGAUCUACGAGAACAGAUCAACGAACCCGUGUGUUUCCUGCACAAAAUGCAACUUCAAGAUGUGUUUCAACCACCAAACACCCUGGCACGAAAGCUACACUUGUAACCAGCUUGAUGUCCUAUGCGCAGAGAGCGAUGACUACUAUACGAAGACUCGUGAUUGGCUACUGCAGCAUACCAAGCCAUGUCCAGGAUGCAAUGCUCCGGUGGAGAAGAACGGUGGUUGUGCUCAUAUGACUUGUAGGUCUAGACUUUUCCAAUCGUCUGAUGGAUUUAUUUCUCAUUGA